AUGUUUAAUCGUGGUAUAAACAACAGUAUCAGCACCCCUUCAUCUUUGGGGAUAGGAGACAAGAGAUCAAUAUCUUUGGGUUCUCAUUCAUCCAUUUCUACUCCUUCUUCAUCUUCAUCGUCGUCGUCUUCAUCGUCAUCGUCAUCAUCUUCAUCUUCAACUCACAGUCAUUCAAGGUUAUCGGCUGGUCUUGGAGGAACUCCAAUAACCCCUUCAAAUAAUCUACCUCCAAUUGGAGGAGGAAGUAAUGCAAUGAAUAAUAUGAAUAGUAAUAACUAUAAUAAUAAUAAUAAUAAUAAUAAUGGAAAGUACUUUAGUGAAUUUAAUAGAUUAAAACAACAACAACAACAACAGAAUCAAUCGCAAAGACAACAACAAUAUCCUUUACAACAACAACCACACCAACAACCAGUACAACAUAGUCGUACACCAUCUUACCCUCCAUCUGAUAAUAAUAAUAAUAACAAUAAUUUGAUGAUGAAUAUGAAUCAUAAUACAAACUUUUCAAUAUCACCUCCGAUGAUUGGUUCAUCAUCUACUACACCUCCAUUAUUUACUAAUAUUAGUAGUAAUAAUAAUAGUCAAUCGUCGUCGUCGUCGACGUCAUCAUCAAUGUUAUAUAGAAAAUCAACACCACCAUCAACUUCACCUAAAUUACCAACAUUUAAUAUUAAUAAUCAUAGUAGUAGUAGAAUGUUUAUUGAUUGGAAAUUGAUCGCAUCAAUAGAUACGGAACAAAUUGUUAAAGAGAAUGAUACAAAGUUUUUGUAUAGUUUGGUUCAACCGACACUUGCUGAUGGUGCUUUGGAAAACGACCCCAAAUCAAUAUACAUUGAUGGCGAGGUCAUGUCACUGCUCAAACUCUAUCAACUCACUAUUGGAUAUCUAUCUGGUCAACUGGACAAUAGCGAAAAGGGUAAUCAAUCUAUUAUUCAAUCACUACAAAACCAACUACAAUCUGUCAAGGAAAAGAGUCAACAUCGUAUCAAUGAAUUAUCGUAUCAAGUAAAUCAAUUAAUAGAGGAUAAUCAUAAUAAUCAAAUAGAUCCAAGAUCAUCAGAUAUUGAAAAUAAUCAUACGAUUGAAUCGAUCAUUGAAAAUCGGUAUCAACAACAUAUUGAACAAUUACAAGGUGAAAUGUAUAGAUCAUUUGUAAAUAAUUCAAAAUGGUUAGAAGAUGAAUUUAAAAAUGUACAAUUACAAUUGAAAAAGGAAUAUAAUAGUAAUAAUAAUAAUAUUAAUAAUAAUAAUAAUAAUAAUGUUCAACAACAAAAAAUAAUGAUUAAAGAAAUGAUAAAGGAAGAAUUGGAUCCAUUGGUAAAGGCAAUUGGAGAUCAACAAAAUGAUUUCCUAGUGUUUAAAGAUGAAUUGGUAAAGAUUGAAGACAACAAAAACAAACAAAUUGAUAAAGAGAGAAAGAAAUUGGCACAACUACACAAAAAACAAGAAUCUCUUAAAGAAAGAUUAGACAAGAUUGAAAACCUAAUUCAACAAGAAUUGGAUGAGAUGGAACAAGAACAAUUUUUACAACAACAACAAUUACAAGCUCAACAACAACAGCAGCAGCAACAACAACAAUUACAAGCUCAGCAACAACAACAACAACAACAACAAAUGAUUGAUAAUACUCAAAAUCAAAGAAUAACAUCUCCACCUGCAAGAUCAUCUCAAUAUAUAUCAUUGAUUAAUAGACCAUAUAAAUUAUUAUGUUAUUUUAAACAUUCAAAUGAAAGAAUAGAGAGUGAGAGAGAAGUGAUUAUCAAGAAUUUGAAUGAAAUGCUUAGACAUAAAGGGAUAUCAACCGAUCAAGGUCUUUCUAAAAAAGAGUUGGAUCACUACAUUGAACAGUUGGAAGCUGAAAGAAAGGAUGAUGAAAACUAUGACGAACAAUAUGAAAUGAGAUUGUUAUUAGAAACUAAUAUUGAUGGUGUCAUUGCUCAUCAAUUGUACACUGCAUUUACAGAUAAUAAUAAUACUCAACCAGUUCAACCAUUUUUAAAUCCAAUCAUUAAUAAUAAUAACCAAAAUAAUAAUAAUAAUAAUCAAGUUCCAUUUAAUAAUCCAGUCAAGGGUAGUAGUAGUAGUAGUGGUGGUGGUAAUACAUUGAAUGGUAAUUCUAUAAUGCCAUCAAUGAUUCGUAGAACAACAUCAAAUGAAAGUUUAUUCUCAAAUACUUUAUCAAGACCCAAUAAUAAUAAUACAACUGGUACUUUGACUCAACAACCAACACCUCUAAUCAUAUCAACUCCACCUUCUAAAACUAGAGAUUUUAAUAAUUCCCUAAUGUCAAAACAAAAUAGUAUUAGUAAUAUCAUUAAUAAUAUUGCUAAUCAUCAACUCAAUGCUAGUGGUCAAAAAUUACAAUUACAUCAAAAAGAUCAACAACAACAACAAGAUGCCGAUGAAGAAGAAGAAGAGGAAGAUGAGGAAGAAGGAGCAAGUGGUGGAAGAGAAAUGGAAAGAGAAGAGGAGUUUUUAGAUGAUGAUGAAAUGGAAGAAGUUGAAGAAGAAUUACAAUUUCAAAAAGAUCAACAACAAUUACUACUACAACAACAACAACAACAACAAUCAUCACCACCAACAAUCGAUCAACCAGAUAUUAAUAAUAACAAAAAUACCAAAAAUAAUAAUAACCAAAAUAUUACAAAUAAUAAUAAUGAGUUAUUAGCAAGAUAUUUGGAAAAUGUACAAGAAGAAGAUAAUCAAGAAGAGGAAGAAGAUAUUGAAUCACAAUCAGUGUGUAAAUUCCUUGGCUAUUCAAUCGCUCCUACCCCAAAUUCUGAUUCAUCCAAUUCCCACUCGGCAACCAUCUCACAAUCUAUUUCUAUUCCAUUCAUUUCAAUGAUCAUUUUCACUUUAUUCUUAAUAAUUUAA